GCCGUGCAAGCAGGUGGAGCUCAGCCUCCCGGCAGCGCCGGGCGGGAGACCGCAGUGACGCGGUCGGAGACAUGGCGGCCGCGCGCCUCUGAGGCCGCAGAGCCGGAGCCCCGCUGCGCCGGGCUGUGCUGCUCGGCUGCUGAUCGCCCGGCGCUCAGACCCCCUGCAGUCUCCAUGCAGCAUCCGGAGUCAGCGCCUCCCGCCGUGUAGCUCCACUGGCUGCCGGGCCGCGGGGCAUCCCUCCGCCUGUUCACAGACGCUUUUCCUUUCCAUUGCCCUCUCCAUCCCCAUCUGCUUUCCAGGCGGCUGGGCUUCUCCCGGCCACCCCGCUAUGGCCGCUGAGGAGGUGCUGCAGUCGGUGGACCACUACAAGACCGAGAUCGAGAGGCUGACCAAGGAGCUCACAGAGACGACCCACGAGAAGAUCCAGGCUGCCGAGUACGGGCUGGUGGUGCUGGAGGAGAAGCUGACCCUCAAGCAGCAGUACGACGAGCUGGAGGCCGAGUACGACGGCCUCAAACAGGAGCUGGAGCAGCUGAAAGAGGCAUUUGGGCAGUCCUUCUCCAUCCAUCGUAAAGUGGCUGAGGAUGGAGAGACACGGGAAGAAACACUUCUGCAGGAAUCUGCAUCAAAGGAAGCUUACUAUCUGGGCAAGAUCUUGGAGAUGCAGAAUGAACUGAAGCAGAGCCGGGCUGUAGUCACGAAUGUCCAGGCAGAAAAUGAGAGGCUCACAGCUGUUGUACAGGAUCUGAAGGAGAACAAUGAGAUGGUGGAGCUACAGAGAAUACGGAUGAAGGAUGAAAUCCGAGAAUAUAAAUUCCGGGAGGCCCGACUGCUUCAGGACUAUACAGAACUGGAAGAAGAAAAUAUCACAUUGCAGAAACUAGUGUCCACAUUAAAACAGAACCAGGUUGAAUAUGAAGGCUUAAAGCAUGAGAUUAAGCGAUUUGAAGAAGAGACAGUGCUGCUGAACAGUCAGCUGGAAGACGCCAUCCGACUGAAAGAGAUCGCAGAGCAUCAAUUGGAAGAAGCCCUUGAGACGCUGAAAAAUGAAAGGGAGCAGAAGAACAACCUUCGGAAGGAGCUCUCCCAGUAUAUCAACCUCAGUGACAACCACAUCAGCAUCUCAGUAGAUGGGCUAAAGUUUGCUGAGGAUGGGAGUGAGCCCAACAAUGAUGACAAGAUGAAUGGGCACAUCCAUGGGUCUCUUGGGAAACUGAAUGGAGACUAUCGCACUCCCACCUUAAGGAAAGGAGAGUCCUUACACCCUGUGUCUGACUUAUUCAGUGAGCUGAACAUUUCAGAAAUUCAGAAAUUGAAGCAGCAACUCAUGCAGGUAGAGCGGGAGAAGGCCAUUCUUUUGGCCAGCCUCCAGGAGUCACAGACCCAGCUAGAACACACCAAGGGGGCACUGACAGAGCAGCAUGAGCAGGUGCACCGACUCACAGAGCAUGUCAAUGCCAUGAGGGGCCUGCAGAACAGCAAGGAACUCAAGUCUGAGUUGGAUGGUGAGAAGGGCCGGGACUCGGGGGAGGAGGCCCAUGACUACGAGGUGGACAUCAAUGGCUUAGAAAUCCUUGAAUGCAAAUACAGAGUGGCAGUCACUGAGGUCAUUGAUUUGAAAGCAGAAAUUAAAGCCUUAAAGGAGAAAUAUAACAAAUCUGUAGAAAAUUAUACAGAAGAAAAGACCAAAUAUGAGAGUAAGAUUCAAAUGUAUGAUGAGCAGGUGAUGAGUCUUGAGAAAACUACCAAGGAGAGUGGUGAAAAGAUGGCCCACAUGGAGAAGGAGUUGCAAAAGAUGACCGGCAUAGCCAACGAAAAUCACAACACCCUCAAUACAGCCCAGGAUGAGUUGGUGACAUUUAGCGAAGAGCUUGCUCAGCUUUACCACCAUGUGUGUCUGUGUAAUAAUGAAACUCCCAACAGGGUCAUGUUGGAUUACUACAGGCAAAGUAGAGUCACCCGUAGUGGAAGCCUCAAGGGGCCUGAUGAUCCCAGAGGGCUUCUGUCUCCAAGAUUAGCAAGGCGGGGUGUGUCAUCCCCAGUAGAGCCAAGGACCUCAUCUGAACCAGUUUCAAAAGAAAACACAGAGGCCAGCAAAGAGCCAAGUCCAACUAAGACUCCCACAAUCUCCCCUGUUAUUACUGCCCCACCAUCAUCUCCAGUAUUGGAUACAAGUGACAUCCGAAAAGAGCCAAUGAAUAUCUACAACCUCAAUGCCAUAAUCCGGGACCAAAUCAAGCACCUGCAGAAAGCGGUGGACAGGUCCUUACAGCUGUCUCGUCAGAGAGCAGCAGCCCGAGAGUUGGCUCCCAUGAUUGAUAAGGACAAGGAGGCCUUAAUGGAAGAGAUUCUCAAGCUGAAGUCCUUGCUGAGCACCAAACGGGAGCAGAUCGCCACACUGAGAGCAGUGUUGAAAGCCAACAAGCAGACAGCUGAGGUGGCUCUAGCUAAUCUGAAGAACAAAUAUGAAAAUGAAAAGGCAAUGGUGACUGAAACGAUGACAAAACUAAGGAAUGAGUUGAAGGCUUUGAAAGAAGAUGCUGCAACCUUCUCAUCCCUGAGAGCAAUGUUUGCAACAAGAUGUGAUGAAUAUGUCACACAGUUGGAUGAGAUGCAGAGACAGUUAGCGGCUGCUGAGGACGAGAAGAAGACUCUAAACACUUUAUUGCGAAUGGCUAUCCAGCAAAAGCUCGCCCUGACACAGCGGCUGGAGGACUUAGAAUUUGACCAUGAGCAGUCCCGACGCAGCAAAGGCAAACUUGGAAAGAGCAAGAUCGGCAGCCCUAAAGUAAGUGGGGAGGCACCAGCCACCGUGCCCACCAUAGACACUUACCUCCUGCAUAGUCAGGGCUCACAGACACCCACCAUUCGGGUCAGCAGUGGCACUCAGAGGAAAAGACAAUUUUCACCUUCCCUUUGUGAUCAGAGCCGUCCCAGGACUUCAGGGGCUUCCUACCUACAGAAUUUAUUAAGAGUUCCCCCCGAUCCCACCUCCACAGAAUCAUUUCUUCUGAAGGGUCCCCCUUCCAUGAGUGAACUCAUCCAAGGGCAUCGGCUCAGCAAGGAAAAAAGGUUAACCGUGGCUCCACCAGCAAAAAGAGAUUGUCAGCAGCCUGCUGCCUCCGUACCGCCACAGUGCUCACAACUAGCCGGGAGGCAAGACUGCCCAACUGUCAGCCCGGACGUAGCUCUUCCUGAGGAGCAGCCACAUUCCAGCUCACAGUGCACCCCUCUCCACUGUCUCGUCAAACCUCCUUACCCCUAGUCUUCAUCUCCCAAGGAUGAGCAUCUGGGCUGAAGGUUUUGUAGCCACACACAGGACACUGCUCAAGAUCCAGCAGGUGUUUUUUUUUUUUUUUUUUUUCCCUUGGAUAUUGGAUAUACAAGGAUUUCUGUCUACCAUUUUGGAAGAAGAGAGAGAAUUGAGAAGAAUAACACAAAGCACAGACCCUGGUGUGAUCAAAUAUUGUACGGUUUAUCUGAGUCAUAGAUGAACUGCAAUCAAAUAUCAACAUUUCAAUUAAAGAAAAUGAAAUGAAAUGUGUAUCUCAGAUGGCUGACUUUACCUAGGUAGCAUUAAAGAGACCCAAGACAAUGUAAAAUAGAUACAUUGUAAAAUCAUCUUUCCUUACACUCCAAAGUCAGCCUCAAAAGUUGAAUCCAGUAUUUUUUGUUGAUAUUUAUUUUAUACUUUGUUUGCUAUGUGAUUUGAGUCUAUAAAGAUAAUUUCUAUAAGAAAAUUUGUUUAUUUUUAAAUAAGCAUAGUUUGCUCAGUUAAGUUUUAAUUUAGUUUGAAAUCUGGAACUGGCCAGAUUAUGAUUCUUUUUCUUGCACAAAAUUACAAAUGAGGUGCAUCAGAAUGUUAACAAUACUGUAUUUUGCUGCUACACUGAUAUUGUUUAUGCAGUUACCUUAUAAUCAGUAGCUCAUUAACUUCUGGAAGUUUUAUCGACUAGUUCUUCACUGGACAUCAUUAAGUAAAUCUAAGAAUGAAGCUAAAAUGUGAAUCAUUGACUUAAUCAAGUUCCAAUGGCAUCCUUAAUUUUUUCAAAUUGCAGUUGAGUAGAUGCUUUGGUGCUGCUCCUGUGUUUGUGUGUGUGUGUGUGUGUGUGUGUGUGUGUGUGUGCGUGCGUGCGUGUGUGUGUGUGUGUGUGUGCCUUCGUGCAUGCAUGUGACAGUGUUAAAGAAGGGUAAAUAACUUGAAGAGAAGAAAUGGUGUGUUUAUUUAAAGACCGCAAUGUCUUUUUAAACUUUUUCCAAAUUUAGGGUCUUACUAUGGGUUUCCUCCUAUCAGGUAUCAAGAAUAAAUGCGAAAAUAUAUACAUAGAUAGAUGUAGUCUUGAUUAGUUAAUUUACCAAGAAAGUGUUUCUGUUGUUGUUGCUUUUUUUCAUAAUGAAUCUUUCUUGCCAAAAAACAAAAGACAAUAAACCUUAGCUCGUUGUUUACUUUUGACAAACACUCAGGUGCCUACAGUCAUAUUAUAUUGAGAUAAGACAUGUUCCUACUUAAUUUACAUUUUAUGCUAGGUAACUUUUUUGUCCUGGUCUUUUUGAGACAGGGUCUCUCUG